AUGCCCCGAGCUCUUCUCCUGUUUGUUCUUCUGUUUGCUCUGGGAUGCCAUCCCGUCCUAGCAAUUAACCUCCGUUUUGCGCCCGUUUCACCGCCAAAGCCAACAAAGACUCCUUCGCGAAAUGGGACCAAUACCUGGGAUGAUGACCUCAAAAGACGCCAAGUCACUUCGAUAUUGACCGUGUGUGGAUACUACGAAGGCGAUCCGAUAAAGUCGAGGACGGCCGACCCGGGCUACGGCUGCCGCGAGGACAUAGACCGCGGGCUCUGGGGGUUUUGCCCCACGACCGUGAUGCUUGCAAAGGAUUGCGGACUAGCUGGCAACUGCGUCGACUCUCACUACUGCAGUCUUGGCUGCGGGAAGACGGGCAUCACAGGCUUGACGACUUUUAGUUGUGAAAAGGAUCGAUUCUGUUCUACCGUUAUACUCGAAGGAGGGUUUGAAGGAGGCUUCUCAUAUAUCGCAUGUGGUGCCGCAGCUACAGUAGAGACUUUGCUCAAAGAACCAACAGUCGCCACUGUCCCCAGCAUCACUGUCACUUCGGAGGCACCCUCGUCUGCUUCGGACACCACGAUACGGUCGGUCGCAUCUCCGUCCGCAACUCAAACGACUUUGCCACCAAGCCAGAUAACUUCCCCGGGAGACGGAACCAAGUCGUCCGAGGGGUCCAGUAAUACGGGCGCCAUCGUCGGCGGCGUCGUUGGCGGCGUCGCAAUCAUCUGUGUCACUGUUAUUGUUGCCAUUUGCAUUAUGCGACGUAAGAAGCGAACCGGGGAACCUCAGGGGAAGCGGAGAAGCCGCUUCAGGUCAUGGGGGAGGUCAUCCUCAAAGCCUCCCAACUACGAACUGAGUGAAGCUCUUCAGACAGAUACAAACGAGGACAACACAGAACAUAACAAAAUGUACGUCGGGCGGGGCCCGUCCGAAGUGUAUGGAUCAGAGCCUCGAAGAGACCCGCCUGCUCCUGUUGAGUUGCCGGGCGCCUCUCCCGUGGAGCUUCCGAGGAGUAGAGGUUAA